AUGAGCUUCAGCACCGUCGCCCGUCUGGCCAGCCGUAGCAGCCAAGAAAAUGUUCUGGCCUCAAAUAGGAUGGAUUCAUCCCGGAUGGAGAGGGCCAAACAAAGGACUGUACUCGGCGUCUUAACAGAAAACGAACAGCACAGUCGAUCUUUUGGUCAGGUGAGUAGUUUGAGAACUUUUCUGCAUCCAAAGCAAUUUCGUGUUGGCUAAUCACUCUGUUUUUAGGGCGUUCCUUUUUCCAAGCGUGGCUCUAUUUCGGACAACUCCCACACCACUCUCCUGGGUUGUCCCUCAAGCUCUAGCGUUGACAUCUAUGUGGAUGAGCCAUGUGAGGUCGUCAUCCCAGCCUCUGGCGAACUUGUGGCUGCAGAGCCUCAGGUGGUGGAUGAGGAAGCUGCUGCCAUGCAACACAAAGAUUUCCGUCUCUUCCUGGACCUGAGCUCAGGUGAGUUCGGCCUGUGGUGCCAUUACACACCCCCCAAAGGCUCAAUAUUGCAGUGAUACAUCCCACGUCUAUUGUCACGUCAUCUUCACAGCACUGAUGCAUUUAACAGUAAACUUCUUGUGUUUUGCAGGGUCGUGCAUGGAUACUUCUAUGCAGUCACUCCCAGAUGACGAGUCUCUCACCUCUCAGUAUAUGUGUCUGGCAGAGUAUGCAGAUGACAUCCACAAACACUUACGGGAGAGUGAAGUGCGCACUUGCUCCAAACGAUAAGGCUACUAGUUUAAAUGUCUAUGCAUCUAUUUUAAACCUAAGGGCAUCUGUUAAAUGAAAUGCAGUGUUCACAUCUUUUUUUCUUCUGAGGGUAAUUAUCCCGAUCACCAUCUGUAGUUGUAGGCACCACCUGGCUCAGGCACGGCAGCCAUUGUGGUUUAAAAUUCACCACACUCCAUUAGCACUGUAGUUGUAGCCUGGUUGGCUUUUGUAUAUAAAUACUUUAUCCCGCUGUUCACCUCACACACCCGCUAAAUAAAGGUUCUUUAGCUUUACCUGUUUUUUAAUCGAUCCAUAACUAAUGGUAGUUGUAAAGUCUUAACCCUGUGUUCCAGAUAAAAUGCCGUCCGAAGCCUGGCUACAUGCGGAAGCAGCCGGACAUCACCAACUGCAUGCGUGUCAUCCUGGUGGACUGGCUGGUGGAGGUCGGCCAGGAGUACAAGCUGUGUGGGGAAACCAUCCACCUGGCUGUCAACUACAUGGACCGCUUCCUCUCCUGCAUGUCUGUACUCCGGGGCAAGCUGCAGCUGGUGGGCACCGCUGCCAUUCUGCUGGCUGCGUAAGUGAUCAUGUUACUAAUUUGAGGGAGUUUGAUUGUAAACACUCUUGUUGGUCUGUUCACAACGCUCGUGGCAGAAGGACUAUGUGAAACUAGAACUGUGGUUCACGUUCAGCUGUGAUAAAUGGGCUUUUUAGGGUUAACCCUCUUUGUUCUCUGGUAGUAAAUAUGAGGAGAUCUACCCUCCGGAGGUGGAUGACUUUGUGUACAUCACAGAUGACACGUACACCAAGAAGCAGCUGCUUCGUAUGGAACACCUCCUGCUGAAAGUGCUGGCCUUCGACAUGACCGUCCCCACCACACACCAGUUCCUCCGCCAUUUCCUCACCGUCCAAGCAGUCUGCUUCAAGACUGAGAGCCUCGCCCUGGUACUUAGAGAACUAACUAGUUGCUCAUGUCUUAUUAUAGUCAGACUGCUUGACUGACUAGUGCAUUUCUUCAUGUAUUUUGCUGUGCCAUAUCUUUGAAAUUUGCCUAUAGGCUAGCAGCAUGGUAUCAGGGCACAACAGUCAGUACUCUGAACCAUGCGUUCAGAAUAUCAUGUCCAAUAGGGUCUACAGUCAUUCUUGUAAGAGAAUGUGUUCGCACCUGGUUAAAUAAAAGCAAAUGCAUAAAUUUGGUAACAUGUAGGCUGUAUUUCACCCCAGUUGACUAAGUGGUUUAGUUUUUAUCAAACACUGGGUUUUUAAUGUGCAGGGGUGUUUUGCUGCAGUUAACAAGUGGGGUUUUGUUCAAUUCUUUCCUCUACUCUCAGUAUGUGGCAGAGCUGAGCAUGUUGGAAGUGGAUCCAUUCCUGCAGUACAUCCCAUCGAUGGUGGCGGCUGCAGCUUUCUGUCUGGCCAACUACACCCUCAACAGGUCCCUCUGGGUAAGACAUGGCCGUCAUGGAUCUCACGCUCCUAUGCUGACUGUUGCAUCAUUACUCUGGGUUAACCCCCUCGACCUAGUGCCCGUUCGAACCUUAAAUCAAGAACACUAACUCAUAUCUGCAUCUUAUCCUGUCGCGUUAAUCACAUUCCUGAUAUCAGUAGGGAAAUCUCCCCUUUAGACAUUGUUCUCAUCAGUAGGCUAUAUGAACAAGUAAUACACUAGAUGGGUGCAGUGAAAUGUGUUCGACGGGGUCAGCCCUAGUAUGGCACCCCAGGAGCAAGUUAGGGUGACGUUCCUUGCUCAUGGGCAAGUCAACAUAUUUUUCACCUUGUCGGCUCUGGUAUUCGACCGCGCGUCCUCUUGGUUACUUGCCCAAUGCUCUUACUGCUAGGCUACCUGACACCCUAGUUAGACUGGUUUGUGAAGACUCACUGAGCUAACCGUGUGCCAUCUGUUUUCUAGCCUGAGGCCUUGUACACCUUCACUGGCUACACCCUGGCAGAGAUCGCACCCUGCCUCAAGGACCUCCACAAGAUGUACCUAAGUGCCUCCAGUCGCCCCCAACAGGCCAUCAGGGAGAAGUACAAGGGCUCAAAGUGAGUGGGAAUCUGUACUUCUCAAAUUUGCCUUUACUAUCAUUCCUCAAACAUGACCAUGGUGUCUAACCUUAACGCUGUGGCUUAAGCCACAGCGUUAUGUAAAAUGGCAGUUUUAGUCCCAGCACUACUCCUGGGUUGUAUUCAAUACCUGAACUUGUCCAAUAAAGUUAACUUGUUUUCUGUUGCUAAACUUUUUGACCAUCUGCUGAAUGGCUCUCCUCUCUGCAGGUUUGGCAACGUGUCUCUGCUAAGUCCUCCCGAGGCUCUGCCUUUUUACUGA